AUGGUAUCCGAGUUUUAUAGUGACAACGCAACAAAUUUCGUUGGAGCAAGAUCAGAGUUUCAGGAGCUGUACAGACUAUUCAAUUCAACCGAUCACCAGAGUAAAUUGUCAAGGGCGCUGGCAGACGACAACAUUUCAUGGACCUUCAUCCCACCACAUUCUCCCAACUUUGGAGGUUUGUGGGAGGCUGGUGUUAAAUCCGUCAAGAAACACCUGAAGAAACUGUCUAAUGGUUUGCUCUACACAUAUGAAGAGCUUAACACCGUUUUGGUUCAAAUAGAAGCGAUACUGAAUUCACGUCCGUUGACCGCCAUCUCUGACGACAUCAACGAUUUCACACCACUUACGCCGGCUCAUUUUUUGAUAGGCGAUCGAUUGACAUCACCAGUCGAAUUGGAUUUGAUAGACGCACCACAAGGCCGCCUUAAGCGUUGGCAAUCCAUUCAACAGUUAAAACAACGAUUUUGGAAACGCUGGUCGAGUGAAUAUUUACACCAUCUCCAGCAGCGUCGCAAAUGGCAAACAUCUACUGAAAACAUCAAAGAAGGAGCUUUAGUAUUGCUAAAGGAAGAUAAUUUACCACCCAUGAAAUGGGCUUUGGGACGAAUCGUUUCUGUUCAUCCUGGUACUGACAAAAAGGUGAGAGUAGCUACGGUGAAGACAACAAAUGGUGAAUAUGUUAGAGCUAUUUCCAAGAUAUGUCCUUUGCCUAUCAUCGAAGAUUGA